AUGGGCCUUACGGGCUCUUUCUCGAGCCCAACCAGCGCGACUCAACCAGUGCAACAACUCUCCAGCACGAAGGCACCGACAUCCGACAAAAUCCUGGCCGAUGUCUACAGUCACGGCGGCGCCGGUGCUGGUGGACAAAGGCAUGUCUUUAUUCCAGGAGAUCUAGUUGGAAGAACAAUCCCUCAGGAUUUCAGGGACGCAAGAAUCGACCAGCUCUAUAAACGGAGGGGGAACUGACAACUCUGUGGUAAGCACAGAGGAAUCUCGCUGCUCAACAUUCCUGGAAAUGUCAUUGCACGCACCCUUCUCAAUCGCCCCAACGACUGUCUGGAGCACGGACUUCUUUCGGAAAAUCAGUGUGGUUUACAAUAACACCGUGAAACCACUGACAUGAUCUUCACUGCCCCCCCCCCCCAACUAGGCGGGAAGUGCCAGGGGAUGCGGAUCCACCUCUGCACUGCCUUCGUGAACCUGACGAAGGCUUUCGACACGGUGAAUCACGAUGGACUCUGCGAAAUCAUCCGGAAAUGUGGUUAUCCCGCGUCAGCUCCACGGCAGGAUGAUGGCGCACGUCAAGGACAAUGGGACAGCCGCAGGUGCAUUCGCAGUGAUCCAUAGAGUUAAGUAGGGCUGUAUAUUCGCCUCCACCUUCUUUAGUGUCACCUUCUCUGCCUUGAUACUGAAUGCCUAACGUGGUUAGCCUCCUGGGAUCUGAAUAAUCUGCAAUGCCAAUGACCAUAGUCUUAGUAAUCGACAUAUACAUGUCUCAACUCGUCUCUCCACGACCACUGUUCAUGAUAUGCUCUUCACGAAUGACUGCGCGCCCAACAACGCGACAGAAGCAGGCAUGUAGGCCACUUCGUCUCCGGCGAUGCCAACCUUAGACUGACCAUCAAAUCGUAUAAAACGGCAGUCGUGCAUCAGUCGUCACCCAACACUGAAUACAAUGUCUCACUCUCCACUUUUAAAGGUACCCAGAACAAAACUAUGGACACCUUCGCUCAGUUAGGCAGCACACUCUCCCACAGCAUCAUUAUCGGAGACUAAGCAGCCCACUGGAUCUCCAAAACCAGCCAAGCCUUCGGCCGGUUACAGGCUACCGUCUGGAACUGACACACACUUGGAAUCAACACGAAGCUCAAAAUGUAUGGGGCGGUAAUCCUGACAGCGUUGCUAUACGAGACGGAGAUACAGACCGUCUACACCAAUCAAUCCAGGGAGCUUAAUCACUUCUACCCCAACUGUCUCCGGAGGAUUUUAAGGCUGGGCUUGCAGGAUGGGAUUCCUGACUCGAAAUUCUUGGAGAGGACUGGAAUCCACAGCAUUUACGCCAUGCGGAGGCAACUCCAACUGCGAUGGAGCGACCCCCUCCUAAGGGUGGACGACGAUCGUCUACCCAAAACACUCUUCUAUAACGAUAUCGCGACGGGUACUCACCGACAAAGCGCCCAAAGCGACGCUACAAGGCCACUUUGGAAAUCUCUCCCAAACGGCUACAAAUCGGGCCAGAUGCCUGGGAGGGUCUCGCUCAAGACUGGCUGGCCUGGAGCGCAACAGCGAAAACUGGAACAGCCAUCUACAAUGCCAAUCAGAUCGUCGUUGUCGAAGUCAAAAGAGCAGCUCGCAAGUCCUAAACACCUCCGACCCACAACGCCAACACCCUAAUCCCCUCCCCCCCCCAAAAUGCCCGUGCUGUCAACGAAAAUUCCAUGCGCUGCUCGGCCUCGUCGGACAUCUGCGGACCCAGUGCAAUAAAACCCAACAACCCCACCUGCUGCCUCCACAUAGACCUCCAUCAUCACCCCUGAACCAACCCUUGCAGAGUCCACGACGGCGAAAAUCACACUCACUACAGCCGAUGACCACAGCCCUGAUGCCUCGAAGUCAUCAGUCACUGCCGCCACCAUCAUUCCUGCUACAAACUCCGUGGCGACGGCGACGACGGCAACCACUCCUCCCGCUGCUGGCACCGUUGAUAACACGCCUGGCUUCGCAUGGACCACCACUAUCUUCACCAACGAGCUCGCCACCAGCAAUGCGGACACGAUCUCGACCUGUUCUCAUUGCGAUCGCACCUUCACGUCGCACAUCGGCCCGGCCAGUUACCUGCGAAUCAAUAACACACAUAUUGACGAACUAGUGCCGGAAUCCCCGGCAUGUGCUCGCCGCAUCCGCCUCCACUGUCCUCUCGGUCCAUGCAAAUUCACUCACCGCAUGGGUCUAUUCGGACACAUUCGUAUCCAUGACAACGAAACUCACCACAAUAUCAACAUGCAUAGUACACCUUGCGCGCCUGACAACUCUUCCAUCUCGAGUACCUCCACCUACCAGCGCCGCUAUCAUUAG